GUGCACGUGCGCUGCGAGGCCGCGGGCCUGAACUUCGCCGAGGCGCUGCAGUUGAAGGGCGAGUACCAGGAGAAGCUCGAGCCGCCCUUCGUGCCCGGCAACGAGUGCGCGGGCGUCGUCGUCGCCGUCGGCGCGGCCGUCUCGCGCUGCGUUGUCGGCGACGCCGUCCUCGCGCUGCCGCGCGGCGGCGCCUGGGCCCGCGACGUCGUCGUGCCCGAGGCCGCCGUCGCGCCGCUCGGAAGCGGCGACGACGUCGACUUCGCGAGCGCCGCGGCGCUCGCGGUCAACUACGGCACGGCGGACCUCGCGCUGGGGCGCCGCGCGGACGCCAAGGCGGGAGAGACGGUGCUCGUCACGGCCGCGGCGGGCGGCGUGGGCCUGGCCGCCGUGGACCUCGCCGUCGCGCGCGGCUGCCGCGUGGUCGCCGCGGCGGGCGACGACGCGAAGCUCCGCCUGGCCCUGGACCGCGGCGCGGCCGCGGGCGUGGUCUACGGAGGCACGGACGCGCGCGAGUUCCGGGCCGCGCUCCGCGAGGCCGCGCCGGAGGGCAUCGACGUCGCCGUGGACAUGGUCGGCGGCGACUUUCUGGAGCCCAUCGUGCGGAGCUUGGCUUUCGACGGGCGCUGCGUCGUCGUCGGCUUCGCGAGCGGGACCAUCCCGAAGAUCCCCGCGAACCUGCUCCUCGUGAAGAACUGUGCGCUCGUCGGCCUCUUCUGGGGCGCCCACGCGAUCCACCGGCCGGCCGUCUUCGCGGACUCGCUCCGCAACGUCGUCGGCCUCUGGCGGGCCGGCGACAUCGCGCCCCACGUGUCCGCGACCUACGCGCUCGCCGACGCGGACGCCGCCGUCGCCGCGCUCGUCGAGCGGCGCUCCUCGGGGAAGAUCGUCCUC